UUGUUAUUAAGUAAAAUUACGUUUUUUAUAUAUUUAUUUCUCUAUCUAAAUAAUACAUGUGUUAAUUCGAAAUUAAUUUCAUAAUAUUAUUUUGUUAUAUUUUACUCAAUACAAUGCUACAUUCAAAGCAUAGAAUAGCACUUUUUUGACCUACAACGAACGGUGCAAAUAAAUUUCAUGGAGUUUCAAUUAUGAAUACGUUUUGCUAAUAAAUGUUACGUAAAAUUUUUGUAUAAUCUUAAGCACUUUCGUUGAAACGAGUAAACUUCUUAAGUGUGUUUUUCACUCAUACAUGCGUGAUUAAGUCUCGUGUGCAACGCGCGAGCGGUCGACCAACGAUGAUGUCAGAGAUUUAUAUAAGAGUUUUAUGUUAUCAAUUCGCGGAAAUAGACGGCGCGAUUGUGAACGCGAACAAUGUGAAGUUACGGCGAAGUAGAAUUUUGUGUUUUAAGAGCAUUCUAUUGAGAGAGAGAAAUAUGCGUGUUAAAGAAAAUGUAUCUUUUCUCUCACAAAUAUCGCGAUAUAUACGAUUUUCUUCGUUCACUAUAGUUUAAUAUAUUCUACAUAUACUUUUACUCCAUAUAAUAAUAUUCCACAUAAUUUACAUUGUGUCUACAUGAAAAGAAUAAACCGUGCAUACAUCACGUGAACAAUACGUAGACAAUCCGCGCAGAUGUGAUAUUGAAAUCUACGGCACAACCCUGGUUAUAUUGGACAUUAUGAGAAUAUCAUGUAUCAAAACAACGUCGACUCAGGCUUUAGUUGGUCCUUUUACAUUGAACCGAUCGUGCCAGAGGCGUUAGACGCAACGAUAACCAUAUGGCGCCUAAAAAUAAAGAAAACAGCGGCACUAAGCGGAAGAAGCAGCAGGUAGACGACGAGAACGACGAUGAUUAUCGAAAGCGAAGGGAUCGAAACAAUCAAGCUGUGAAACGAUCCAGAGUAAAGAGCAAAUUACGCACGAUACGAACCUUAGAGCGGGUUAAUCAGCUAAAGAUGGAGAACGAAUUACUGGAAGAGAAGAUCAAAAUGCUUACCAAGGAGCUCGGCUUCCUCAAGGACCUCUUUCUCGCACAUGCAGGCUCCAAUCAACACUCUAUAAAUCUUCAAGAUGUAGAUCUAAAUGCUCUCUUAGCAGAGGAUAAGUCUGAAGAAGAGUCAACAAAAACGAUCACCAAGUCAUAGAUCAGUGCAAGCACCACGUGAAGCAAUCAGCGUGGUAUUGAUAGACAUGAAGAAACACUCUGGCUCGUUUAAUCGAAACAGCGAGUGGGCAUCUUGGAAAGAUGUCCACUUUAAAUUCAUUGGGUAAAAAUCGAGGCGCGGUUUCCUGCACACGAGAGCCUUCGGAGUUGCAACGUCGUCGGUGAAUUACCAUCAGCUAAAUUUAUAACAUAUUUAAAUGACGAAAGGUGAUAGGAACGAGAAAAUGCGAGACGCCGCGGAACCAUCUCCCGCAAUAGACAUGUAAUAUACUCAUGAUAUUACAAUUCGAGUGCAAAAGGUAAAUUUUAAUAGAAAAGUUAAAUUUGAAUCAAGAAGCAAAUUUUUCAUUAAGCUCUUUUUAUUGAGUAUUUCUAUAUAUAUAAAUUAAAAUAGUGCAAAAGAAUUUACAUUGAUUAUUCUUUAGUGCUCGCAAAACGACGUGAAAAAUAGUGAAAACUUUCCGCGAAUAUAUAUCAUUGUACAUAUAUAUUUGAACGUUACUAUUGCGUAACCCUUAUUUCGUGCUUGCUUAAGGGAUAUGCUUAUAUGUACAUAAAGAGUAAAAAAUAAAACAUACAUAGAAAUAUGAUGUAUUGGAUAUGUCGUUAAGAUGAAAUUAAUCACAUUUUAAUAUGCUGUAUGUUAUUUAAUUUUUACACACAUUAUGACUCAUAUAUACGUAUAUAAUCUACACGUUAAGAAAAAGUUCUUGGAAACAAAUUAUACGAGGUUAUGUUUGAUUUGAAUUCAGAAUAGGAAGCAUAUGUUUACCACUCAACAUAUAUUUUUCAACAUAAAAUUAUUACAAUGUUGUAUGUAAAUAAAUAAAUAAAUGUGUGUGUGUGUGUAUGUGUGCGCGCGCGCGUGUGCGUGCGUGUGUGCGUGUGUGUGUGUGUAAAAUUGUAUAAUAAGAGAUAUAUAUUUUUAGCUUCAAGAUACAUUAUGUACACUGAUAUUCAUAAUGUCUACGUGAGCAUGUAGAAAACAUGCGAAUAUUAUGUUUGAAAUAAAAAAUGUAUGAAGAGAAAAAAGAAUGUAUAGAUAAUAUAUAUGGUAGAAAUAGA